AUGCAACUCCAGGCCUCCUUCUUCUUAUUCCUGAUCCUCAUCUUCUGCCCAGAGCUUUGCGCAGAACCAAAUAACGUGCCCAGGAAGUCCUUACCGCCUAUGUGCAUCCUUCCUAAGGACACGGGCGGAUGCCGAGCUGUGUUUGUGAGAUGGUACUAUAACUCCAAAGCUGGCAAGUGUGAGUGGUUCCGCUAUGGAGGCUGCAAAGGCAACGAGAACAACUUCCCGAGCAGAAGUCAGUGCCAGGCAGUCUGCACCAACACCUGA